AUGCUAUUUUGCAAUGGAGCACGUGCGCUUUUUUCUGUGAUUCACAUUCUGAUUCUUUACUCCGGAUUAUUUCUCGAGCAUGCAUACCUGAAAUCGUGUGUGUUCCACAAGCAAUCCUAUUUGAGUUUCUUCUUUUAUGGAAAUCGAUACUUGAUUUUCCGAAAUCUGGUUGUGGCUCCCAUUUUAGAGGAGAUAAUCUUUCGUGGAAAUGCACUUUCCUUGAUGCUUAGCACUGGCUAUACACCUCGCCACGCAAUUCUGGUAACCUCGUUUACAUUUGGAGCCUGUUUCUCUCUGCCAUAUUCAUCGGGUCAUUAUCCAGUGUUCAUGUUUCUGUAUACCUCCCUUUUUGGCAUUCUUGUGUCGUAUGUGUAUCUACGCACAGACAAUCUCCCCUACAUGACAAACGCAAAAGAAUUGUUGGAUACAUCGUCCUUUUCCCAGUCCUUCUAA